CAUAAUUAAGUGUGAAUUUAUAGGUAAGCGUAAUAAAGUGUUUUAAGUGUUUCCCAGCGAGAUAUAUUCAGUUGCUGGCCACUGCAAGGCCAUUGGCCCAACAGUCUCCGCUGCUGGCCCUGGGCGUUAAUACCUUUGACCUGCUGAUCCAGCUGGCGAGGGGGGGGCGUACACCCCUCACUACAGCCUGCAGUCACCCGCCUCACUUGUGCCUUCCUGAAGGAGGCAGGGCAGCCACCAAGUCUGCGGCUGGCUCACAGGAAGCCCCCAGAGCAUAAAAGUGACGAUGCAGGGGCAUCAUUGCAGCCCUAGAGAGGAAGAGGAACAUGGCUGAAGACUUGGUUAAAAGAUUAGUCAAAUAUAGUGUUGAAACAGAUCUUUAAAGUGUUCACAGCAAUUCGGCUUUCAUUUGUAAACAAAGAGCAGACAGCUAGGAAGAUGACACCAGCAGCGGCAGGCGGCGACAGGCAGUGUGACACCGUAGCCCUCCGCUCUGCCUGACAUGUGCUGCGUGCCACGCAACCAAACUCAAGUGGAACAUGCACUGUUACAUGUACCAGGUUAUCGAACACCCCUAACAAGUGUGGCGCCAUUCGUAAAGCAACAAAACUGCUUGUCUUGAAAGAAAGUCCAGUGACAGAGACAACCUUGGCCAGUGUUGUGUUCGCUUCCUGACAGGGCGGGGAUUGUGACCAGGAAUUUGUCCAGCUUCCUCUUUGCCUUGGAAAGUGCAUUCCUGGCUGAGUGUGGUGCGUGUGCCUGCUACUCGUGUGGUGGUGCUGCUGCUGCGUGAAGCCUCUGCCGUGGGAACCCACCACAAAUAGCUAAUGGAUUCUGUAUGACGGGAUCAGCAGCAGACAGAAUUCCAGUGAUGUAUUAACAUGCCUAGGGACAGCCUUGGGGGCAUCCAUUACUGGCAGAAGCCCGAGUGUGCUGAGUGACGGGGCGGCAUGACCUUGCACAUCAGAGGGUCAGUGACACAGAUGUACCCGCCCGCCCUCAAGCAGAAGGGAAUCCUUAUUGAGGAUGUGGCAGUCAAGAAGGUGACAGAGAAUGGGUACUCCCUGGAAUUCCAGACCACAAACUGCAAGACUGGAAUGCCCCUCCUUGGGCUCCUGCAGGUGGAAGGUCCUCCAGCAAGCUUUGACACUCAGGUGACAGUCACAUGCUCCUCUCAGACUGCCACGGGUCCCCUCGCUGGCACCUGGGACCUCGGAAUUCAGGGGCAGGUUGUAAAAGACAUUCCAGCAGGUGUUGACCCAAAGGUCCUGGAGGGCAUUCUGGAAAGUGCCCUGGGAACUGAUCUCACAGUCCAGUACUCCGGCUCCUGCAAGAACUACCACUACUACAUUGAGUGGGAGGAAGAUCCCGGCAGAAAGGAGCUGGUGGAGAUACACACAGAUAACCUGAUGUUUGAUGGAACUCUAAAAACCAAGAUCAUUCGUGACUCAGCCGGAGUCCUUUGGCACAGCCCUCUUGAGACAGACUUUGUGACCACUCAUAGGGACUCUCCUCAUGUGACAGUACAAGUGAAUGGUUACUUUGGUGCAUGUCUUGGUGCCUGUGCCUUCACCUACGAUGAUGCCACCACUCCCAUGCUGACUGGCGUCUCCGGCACUGCAGGCGAGGGGCUGCAGCACACCCUCACCCUGAGUGGCACGGCCAUCACUGCCACCCAGCUCACCUGCACUGUAGCACUGUGGGGCGGCUUGCAUUCAGUGGCACUCAGCAUGCAGCCGGCUGGCUCGGCACUGCUCCCCUCCCCCAUCAUCUACAUGGUGCCAGUCACCGUGGUUGCACUCAGCAUCACGGAGGGCAGCACUGGUGGACAGUAUCCUCUCACUGUGACUGGCACUGGCUUCCCAGACAGUGAUGGGUGGGAGGCUGGCAGUGCCAUUAUGACUCUGGGUGGCAAGAAGUGUGUGGUUAUCUCUGGUGGACCCACAAAGGUCACCUGCACAGUGCCUGCUGGUGAUGUGAACUUCCUGUUGACCCUCAAAUCAAUGAUGACCAUCUGCUGCCAUCAGCAAGCAUUACGGGUGCAAGCUCUGCUUCAAAUAACAGGAAGUCUUCUUCUAGUAGUGACUCGUCCUCUAGUAGUGACUCGUCUUCUAGCAGUGAAUCAUCUUCUAGCAGUGACUCAGAAACUGAAGAUAUUGACACAGAUGAUUCCGUGAAAGAUAAGGACUAUAUCCCAAGCAAAGAGGAAGAAGAGAGUUUUAACCUUGAAGAGAAGGACGCAGUUGAUAAAAUUCCUGUACUAGUUAGUCCGCAAAAGGGACGUAAACGUAAACAGCACCUGAGUCAAUGGAAGAAACAUAAAGCAAAAAAAUUAAGGAACUCUGGAAAGGCUUAUAUAAGCAAAAAUAAGAAAAUAAAACCAGAAAGGAAAAUGAAACUGCCAUGUGGAAAUAAAUGUCGAAUUAAAUGUUCAGAACAGAUAAAUGAAGAAGAAAGGCAAAAACUCUUUGACUCUUAUUGGGCAUUAGGAGACAUUGCUCAACAGUGGCAGUUCAUUUCAAACUGCAUUAAAACUGUUAGACCUAAAUACAGGUAUGUUCAUGAGGGAGGCAACCGUCAACCUAGGAACAAUAACAGUUCCUUUCACUUCAUGGUUGGUCAGAAUGAAAUUCGUGUUUGCAAACUUUUUUUCAAGAACACACUUGAUAUCAAUGACCGGCCAAUAAGAACAGCUUUAGCAAAGCAAAGCAGAGUUGCUAAUGUUCUUAUGGAACCUGAUAAGAGAGGCCAACAUGGUAAUUAAGUAACUGUUGAUCCUGAAAUUAGGAAAGGUGUCAAGGCACAUAUUGAGUCUAUCCCUCAGAUAGAGAGUCACUAUACAAGAGCUACAUCAAGUAGGACAUUCAUAUGCGGCUCUAAAACAAUUGCAGAAAUUCACCGCGAUUAUGUUGAGAAGUCCAAACAACAAAAGGUACCUUAUGCCAAUUACACUCUGUUUUAUCGCAUUUUUACCACAGAGUAUAAUAUUUCUUUUUUUGUUCCUAAAAAGGACCAAUGCGAUGUUUGUUCAUCUUAUCUUAAUGCGGAGAAUGAAGAGAAAGAGCGCCUUCAAGGAAGCUAUGGAAAUCACCACAAAGAAAAAGACAUGUCAAGAAAUGAAAAACAUAAAGAUAAAACUGAGAGUGAUGCAGUUGUUGCUGUUUAUGACCUUCAGGCUGUAAUGCAGAUACCAAAAGGGGACAUUUCAGUUUUUUAUUACAAGUCAAAGCUGAAUGUUUUAAAUUUUACUAUUUACAAUGCUAAAACAAACUCAUGUAAUUGCUAUGUCUGGAAUGAAACUAAUGGCCAACGUGGGGUUAAUGAAAUUGGGACCUGCGUUCUCGAUUACAUUAAAACCUUGUGUGAGGCAGGAGAAACUGACAUAAUUUUUUACUCAGAUAACUGUUCUGGCCAACAGAAAAAUAAGUUCAUGAUGGCACUUUACCUUUAUGCAGUAAACAACUUACCAAAUAUAACUUCAAUAACACACAAGUUUCUAAUAAAAGGGCAUACCCAAAAUGAGGGUGACUCUGCCCAUUCCCUAAUUGAAAGAGAAGUAAAGAGAAUUUUAAAAAGUGAACCCAUUUAUGUGCCGGAAACUUACGUAAUGGCAAUUCGAACUGCUAGAAAGAAAGGACAGCCUUUCGUAGUAAAAGAGCUUUGUUACAAAGAUUUCUUGAACAUCAAGUCUCUAGCUACUGAAAUGGGACCUAUCAAUUGCAAGACUCUUCAACUCUCUGAUGUUAAAGUAAUGAAAUUUGAAAAGCAGUCACCACUGUCAGUUUUUUGUAAACAUUCCUAUGGUUCAGACUAUAAGGAGCUUAAAAUUUUGAAAAACUCAAAUAAAGCCACCUCCAUUAAUGACUUACUGCCAUGUUACUCCAGCAAACUUACAUUGCCUGCUAACAAGAAAAAAGACUUGAUGGACCUUUGUAAUAAAAAUCUGAUUCCACAAUGCCAUCAUAAAUUUUAUGAAGACCUGUAAAUGAAAUCAAUCUUAAUGAAAUGAGUUAAAAUACAAAUUUAGUAUGCCUAUUACAAUAUUAAGUUUUGUUGUAUGCUAAUUCAUUAGGUACAUAUUAUUUGAAUGGAAUAUUAAAUAGAUGUUUAUUUUAUAAUGUUUUUUUUAUUAUACAGUCCAUCUUUCAUUUAUUUGAACAUUUUUGAGUUGUCUAAUUCCUUAGGCAUAUUUGAAAGAAAUUAUAAUUAGGAAGAAUCUAUUAGGUUCAUAAGGAUUUUUUUAUUUGAAAAAAAUGAUAAUUAGGA